AAAGCCACGAUCCGGGAGGAACGACGAUGACCCUCGGCGCUCUUCGUGCGCUUGUUGUGGUUGCUGCCGCAGUACCAUCAGCGCUGAGAGCUUCUGGUUUAGUUCCGCAAGACAACGAAUGCUUCGAAUGCAUUGUGAAGGACCUUCACCUAGAGAAGUUUGUCGACGUCAAGAGUCUUGCAGAGAUGUCCCAGUCCGAAAUUGCUGAGAUAAUAUUGGAGAAUCUAUUGUGCGACCGCUGCUGGCCAAUUCGGAAGCAAGACUUGCCUGCAAUUUAUGGCUGCAUACCUUGGGUAUCACCCUUGAAGAACGACUGUGACUUCAUUCUACCUGAAACCAUCAACGAUACUCCCGAAGGCUUCAACGGUGCCGGAAUUCGACAUUAA